AUGCCUCGCGUAUCCUUGGUCCAAAAAGCAAGCCAUCAACUUUCGUCUAAUAACAUUGUAGAAGCUGCACUCACAUAUCUUAAAGCUACAGAGGGCCUUCUUGGUCGUCAACAUAGGCGCAAAGAAAUUUGUGAAGACGAGUAUACCUCUCGAAAAAUUGAAAUCCAAUAUUUAACAAGUACAAUCGAGAAAUUUAAAUCUGAAGUUAUAGACUUACAAGAUGAAAUUAAAAACCUACAAGAUGAAAUUAAUAAAUUGAAAGAAGAAAACAGCGAUUUGAAAAAAGAAAAUCAAGAUUUACAUGCAAAAAUGAAUAAUCUCAGUCAGAAUUUCAGGUUAAUUCAUUUAGAUGAAAAUAAAGAAGUUAAAUUAGGAAGAAAAAAACACGAAAUGAUAAAUGCAUUACAUAACAUUCAAAAAAUAUUAGAUUGGUAUAAAAAUAAAUAUAAAUCAGAGUUUGAAAAAACUUGGUCACUUAAUAAUGUAGAAUUAUCUAGUGAAGAAGCAAUCAUUAAAGAAGAAAUAAUUAAAGCAAUUUAUUCAGUAGAUUUUUAUCAACUUCAAGGAUUUUAUUUAAGUUUUGAUUUACGGUAUAGUUCUUUUUUAUCGCAUGUACUAUUUUAUUUUAGAAAAGAUACCGAAAGGUUUAUGAAGGAAUUUAAUCAAAUUUCUAUUGAUUCGGUAAAUAACUGGUUAAAGGAGAAAGUAGAUAUCGUUAAUGAAUAUCAAAAAAGUGUUUUAAUGUUUAGAAAUCCUUUGAUUAACAAUGAUAAUAUGGAAAUGAUGUUAAACAGAGCCAUAUUUUCUAUUCCUCAAGAAUAUACACUUAGCGAUAACUUAGAUUCUAUAUUUUCUAAUUUUGCAUAA